UGCCCCUCCACCAGAUUUCUGUAAUCCCUGCCCGGGAGACAGCCAGCAAUGGGAGAAGCUCAGUGGGCAGAAACAAAGAGAAGAGCAAGGAAGUCGAGAAUUUCAGGAAGUGAGAAGGGAAAGGCGGAAGGAGAAAAUGCUGGGCUGGUGUGAAGCGAUAGCCCGGAACCCUCACAGAAUCCCCAACUCCACGCGGACACCAGAGACCGCAGGGGAUGCGGCAGAUGUCUCUCAAACCUCCGCGCUGAAUGAAAAGUCCCCAGGGCGAUCUGCAAGUCGAUCAAGUAACAUAUCAAAAGCAAGCAGCCCAACCACAGGGACAGCUCCCAGGAGCCAAUCAAGGUUGUCUGUCUGCCCGUCUACUCAGGACAUCUGCAGAUCUUCCAUCUUGCAUGAUAUGUCAGAAGAUGCAUUUGAGCACGGCAGCCCUGUCAUGGUUCUGAGCCAGGCUAGAAAGGAGUCUGGUCAGAAACCAGUAAAACAGAAGCCUAGGAGGAGGAGGAGGGUCUCUCAGAGAUAUGAGCACUCAGAAGAGCAAGCAAUGGGGAGAAGAAAGGACUUUCACCUCCAGAUCUCAAGUCCCAGGUGGAGAGAAAUUAAUACGAACACUUCAGAUUCAUCCUCCACAGAUGAGAGUCACUGGGUUCAGGCAAAAAGACGAGCUCAGGUUAAAUUCAGACUGUCUCGAAGAAGGAGAAGUAACAAUAAGUCAUGUGGAAGCUUGGCUGGGUCCUCCACGCCUGACAGAACCGAACUUGUUGAGCUGGGAUCCAAAGGUGAACAGCACCAAGAGCUGAUGGAAUGUGAAAGUCAUUCUUUAAACAUCUGUAGAGGAAAAUUCACAAAGUACCAAGGAUGCAUCUCACCACUGCCAAGGGGGUCCGUGGAGAAGAGACCCUCAGGGAGCCCUUCAGGGAAUAAAGGCAGACGCUGCCCCAGAGAAUCUCAGCUCUUGCAUACACUUAGGGAAAAAGAAACAAUUACAAAACGAUUUGCAGAAACUGAUUCCGAUUCUGAAAUGCUGGCAGCUACAGAAGGGGGCGAGCGUGUGGCAGACUCAGAGAUCCGAGUGAGUAGCUCCGCUCAGAAGCCUACUGAUGUCUGUGAUGAUGGCUCUGAUAAUUUCGCAGUGUGCAGGAUCUGUCACUGCGAAGGAGAUGAGGAGAGCCCACUCAUCACACCCUGCCGCUGCACGGGAACCUUGCGCUUUGUCCACCAGUCAUGUCUCCACCAGUGGAUCAAGAGCUCAGACACCCGAUGCUGUGAGCUCUGCAAGUAUGACUUCAUAAUGGAGACCAAGCUCAAGCCUCUUCGCAAGUGGGAAAAGCUCCAGAUGACCACAAGUGAGAGAAGGAAAAUAUUCUGCUCCGUUACGUUCCACGUCAAUCGCCGUCACCUGUUGGUGUGGGGUCUCUGUUGUGUCUGAAUCGAUCGGACGGCAGAGGAGAUCAAGCAAGGUAACGACAAUGGUGUGCUGGAAUGGCCAUUUUGGACAAAACUGGUUGUGGUGGCCAUUGGCUUCACGGGAGGUCUCGUCUUCAUGUACGUACAGUGUAAAGUCUACGUUCAACUGUGGCGUAGGCUGAAGGCCUACAACCGUGUGAUCUUUGUGCAGAAUUGCCCAGACACUGCCAACAAACUGGAGAAGAACUUCUCAUGUAAUGUGAACACGGAAAUCAAAGAUGCCGUGGUUGUGCCUGUGCCACAGACAGGUUCAAAUUCACUGCCACCUGCAGAGGGCGCCCCGCCUGAAGUCAUACCGGUUUGAUGGAACUGGAGAACUUAAUCACAGAAGGAUCUUUGCAGCCCUUGCCACAACACUCAGAAAUGCUUCUGCUUUGGUGGCUUCCUUGUCUUCUCAGUUCCCCUACUGACUUGUUUAUCCUGACUUGGAGCAAAAAGGAAAUGAGGAGAAAAUAGCAAUGAGCAAGUGAGCAAGAUCCCAAGAAGCAAAGCCUGCAGUGGGACCUGAAAAGGUGAAGGGUCUGAGAGGAGUGAGUUCGUAAGGAACGCUUGGUACAAGGCUUCCAGCGAUGAAAGAUUGGACGGACAUGUGAUCCUCUUUCAAUCAGUGCAGAGGGAAUCCCAGAACAGACCUCAGAUGCAGUAUAUGCUUCUUUAGAGUUCUGUCGUGUGAGCCUUCGCCACUGGAAGUGACACACAUCUGGUCCUAAGCCUGAAACUGUGUGCGUCGACCCUGAGUCGUUGUCAACUCGGAAGCGAGCUUGGAGGACUUGAGGUUUUUUACACUUUGACAGCUGAUUUUUUCUGGCUAUUGUGAAGUCUUGUUAUUUUGACAGAUGCAUGUUUUGAAAUGGAUGCGACACACAUUUGAAGAUAGAAAUGUUUGGAGUUUUGUUUCAAUUUAAAUCAUGAAGAAAAAGUUUCAGAGCAUUGUGGAGCUUAGCUAGUGCCGGUUUCUGAAAGCAACUAUCAUGCCGUGUUUAUCUGGUCCUUCUCACCACAGUGCUCAACAACAGACACAUAACAUGAGUUGCAGAUGCAGAUGUAAAUUGAAAUCUUCUAGUGUGCCCCAUUAGUAAAAGUAAAAUAGGUCAAUUAAUUUUUAUAAUUUAUUCAACAUUAUAUAUACAGGUUAUUUUAUGUCAUCAGUGGAAAAGAAUAUUAAAAUAGCUUUCAUCUUUUUCUUGAACCACUCUUCAAAAUCCAGCAUGUAUUUAUGACACACUGCAAUACUGAACGAAGAUAAGUAUG